GGAGUGGUUGCGAGCCGGGCUGCGGCAGCCUCCGCUUUCCUCAGCAGCGGCAGCACCCCUCCUCCUGCGCCUCGGCCGCCUCCCUCCUCGCGAAGGAAAGAUGCCCUUAACCCAGGGGUGUGAAGAAGAGGGCGAAGUAGCUGCCGGAGCCGCCUGCGCCGCCGCUACCGCAGCUCCUGCCAGCCGUGUCCUUUGAAUUCCGAGAAGGCACUUCCCCCCCGGCCAGGGGCGUCGGGAGCCGCCGGCGCUGCGGCCGCGGUGCGGGUGAGGGGGAGCCCCGGCUGUCUGCCGGCGCGGCGCGGCGCGGCCCGGCCGACGAGAGACCACCGACAUGGAGCGGGCUCGCGCGGCCAAGUAGCCGCCGCUCCCGGAGCCUCGGCGCGAGUGCCGCCCGCAGCCCGCGACUCUAACCUCUGCCGCGCCGCCAGUCAGGGCCCCGGGAGAAGGGGGAGAAAAAUGAAGAGUUUUCACUGGAAUCCGCUGGAAACGGGAGGAACUGCAAAGCCUUAAAAAGCAGGACCUCGGGGAGGAGAAAGGAAAAGCCUCCUUGGGGCAAGACUUGGCGUGCUCCGGGGGGGCUGCUUCAGGGACCUCGCCCCCUCCCUCGCCCCCUGGAGAAAUUGCCGCUGAUGCUUUAUCCAAGUGGGGGUUGGGAGCAUUUGCAGCAGAAUUUUGGGGUUUUCCUCCCCCUUAUAUAGAUUUUGUGUUUUUCCUCCCUUUUCUAUUUUUCUUCUUCCCGGGAAGUGAAUUGCUGAUGCGGAUCGGACUUUAUUCAUUAAUGAUGCAACCGGCCUCAUUUCAGGAUUAUGUUGCAUGAGUUGAAUUUUGAAUGAAGGAGAGGAGUUUUGCCUUUUUUUUUUUUUUCUCAAGAAGUGUUGGCUUUUUGGUCCGUUGUACUUUUAAUAAUUAUUAUUUUAUUUAAAUAUACGAUUUAAUUGUAUUCUUGAGAAAUGUAUAGAAUAUAUAUUUUAUGGUAACUUUCUCCCCAAAUAUAUGUCUAUGUGUGAAACUGAAGACGCUUCAGUUAAGUGAGGCCACUGGUGUGGAUGUUUAAUUCAACACCAGUACUGCGUGACAGUUGUUUAAAUAACAAGUGGUUUAUUUGUAAAACCGCACCUUUUCAAAUUUAGGGUCAAAGGAUAAUCGUAAAAAUCGUCCUAGUGAUUCGAAGGCAGAGCAGCAGCAGCGGCGGAAGCCACCAUGUCUGGAGAAGUGCGUCUGAGGCAGCUGGAGCAGUUUAUUUUGGAUGGGCCGGCUCAGACCAACGGGCAGUGCUUCAGUGUGGAGACCUUGCUGGAUAUACUCAUCUGCCUUUAUGAUGAAUGCAGUAAUUCUCCGUUGAGAAGAGAGAAGAACAUUCUUGAAUACCUAGAAUGGGCUAAACCAUUUACUUCUAAAGUGAAACAGAUGCGAUUACAUAGAGAAGACUUUGAAAUAUUAAAGGUGAUUGGUCGAGGAGCUUUUGGGGAGGUUGCUGUAGUGAAACUAAAAAAUGCAGAUAAAGUAUUUGCUAUGAAAAUAUUGAAUAAAUGGGAAAUGCUGAAAAGAGCUGAGACAGCAUGUUUUCGAGAAGAAAGGGAUGUAUUAGUGAAUGGAGACAAUAAGUGGAUUACAACUUUGCACUAUGCCUUCCAGGAUGACAAUAACUUAUACCUGGUUAUGGAUUACUAUGUUGGUGGGGAUUUGCUUACUCUGCUCAGCAAGUUUGAAGAUAGGUUGCCUGAGGAGAUGGCCCGAUUUUACUUGGCUGAAAUGGUAAUAGCAAUUGAUUCAGUUCAUCAGCUACAUUACGUACACAGGGACAUUAAACCUGACAAUAUAUUGAUGGAUAUGAAUGGACAUAUCCGGUUAGCAGAUUUUGGUUCUUGUCUGAAGCUGAUGGAAGAUGGAACGGUCCAGUCCUCAGUAGCUGUUGGAACCCCAGAUUAUAUCUCUCCUGAAAUCCUUCAAGCCAUGGAAGAUGGAAAAGGCAGAUAUGGACCUGAGUGUGAUUGGUGGUCUUUGGGGGUCUGUAUGUAUGAAAUGCUUUAUGGAGAAACACCAUUUUAUGCAGAAUCUCUGGUGGAGACGUAUGGAAAAAUCAUGAAUCACAAAGAGAGGUUUCAGUUUCCAGCUCAAGUGACUGAUGUGUCAGAAAAUGCUAAAGAUCUUAUCCGAAGGCUCAUUUGUAGCAGAGAACAUAGACUCGGUCAAAAUGGAAUUGAAGACUUUAAGAAACAUCCAUUUUUCAGUGGCAUUGACUGGGAUAAUAUUCAAAACUGUGAAGCUCCUUAUAUUCCAGAAGUUAGUAGUCCAACAGAUACAUCAAAUUUUGAUGUGGAUGAUGAUUGCUUAAAGAAUUCUGAAACAAUGCCCCCACCAACACAUACUGCAUUUUCUGGGCACCAUCUGCCAUUUGUUGGUUUCACAUAUACUAGUAGCUGUGUUCUUUCUGAUCGGAGCUGUUUAAGAGUUUCAGCUGGCCCCAGCUCAGUGGACCUUGAUGUGAACGUUCAGAGGACUUUAGAUAACAACUUAGCAACUGAAGCUUAUGAAAGGAGAAUUAAACGCCUUGAACAGGAAAAGCUUGAGCUUAGUAGAAAGCUCCAGGAGUCAACACAGACUGUCCAAGCUCUGCAGUAUUCAACUGCUGAUGGGCCACUAACAGCAAGCAAAGAUUUAGAAAUAAAAAACUUAAAAGAAGAAAUUGAAAAACUAAGGAAACAAGUAACAGAAUCGAGUCAUUUGGAACAGCAACUGGAAGAAGCUAAUUCUGUGAAGCGAGAACUAGAUGAUGCUUUUAGACAAAUCAAGGCUUAUGAAAAACAAAUCAAAAUGUUACAACAAGAAAGGGAAGAUCUAAAUAAGGAACUAGUCCAGGCUAGUGAGCGAUUAAAAAACCAAUCCAAAGAGCUGAAAGACGCACACUGCCAGAGGAAACUGGCCAUGCAGGAAUUCAUGGAGAUCAAUGAGCGACUAACAGAAUUGCACACCCAAAAACAGAAACUUGCUCGCCAUGUCCGAGAUAAGGAAGAAGAGGUGGACCUGGUGAUGCAAAAAGUUGAAAGCUUAAGGCAAGAACUGCGCAGAACAGAAAGAGCCAAAAAAGAGCUGGAAGUUCAUGCAGAAGCUCUAACUGCCGAAGCAUCUAAAGACAGGAAACUGCGUGAACAGAGUGAACACUAUUCUAAGCAACUGGAAAAUGAAUUGGAGGGACUGAAGCAAAAACAAAUUAGUUAUUCACCAGGAGUAUGCAGCAUAGAACAUCAGCAAGAGAUAACCAAAUUAAAGACUGAUUUUGAAAAGAAAAGCAUCUUUUAUGAAGAAGAAUUAUCUAAAAGAGAAGGAAUACAUGCAAAUGAAAUUAAAAAUCUGAAGAAAGAACUGCAUGAUUCAGAAGGCCAGCAACUUGCUCUCAACAAAGAAAUUAUGAUUUUGAAAGACAAAUUGGAAAAGACCAGGAGAGAGAGUCAAAGCGAAAGGGAAGAAUUUGAAAAUGAGUUCAAGCAGCAGUAUGAACGAGAAAAAGUGUUAUUAACUGAAGAAAAUAAAAAGCUAACAAGUGAACUUGAUAAGCUUACCGCUUUGUAUGAGAACUUAAGUACGCACAAUCGGCAGCUAGAAGAAGAGGUCAAAGACCUAGCAGGCAAGAAAGAGUCGGUUGCACACUGGGAAGCCCAAAUCACAGAAAUAAUUCAGUGGGUCAGUGAUGAAAAAGAUGCACGAGGGUAUCUUCAGGCUUUAGCCUCUAAAAUGACUGAAGAAUUGGAAUCAUUAAGAAAUGCCAGCUUGGGUACACGGGCAACAGAUAUGCCCUGGAAGAUGCGUCGCUUUGCAAAAUUGGAUAUGUCAGCUAGAUUGGAGUUGCAGUCAGCUCUGGAUGCAGAAAUAAGAGCCAAACAGGCCAUUCAAGAAGAGCUGAAUAAAGUUAAAGCAUCUAACAUCAUAACAGAAUGUAAACUAAAAGAUUCAGAGAAGAAGAACUUGGAACUCCUAGCAGAAAUCGAACAACUGAUAAAGGACACCGAAGAGCUUAGAUCUGAAAAGGGUAUAGAGCACCAAGACUCACAGCAUUCUUUCUUGGCAUUUUUGAAUACGCCUCCCGAUGGGGAUCAACUUGAAACUGAUCCCGUUGAGAGCACAAAUGUACGGAAUCCGAACGUCAAGUUUUACAUCCAGUCAAGGUCCACAUCUCCUUCCACUUCUAGUGAAGCUGAACCAGUUAAGACUGUAGACUCUACUCCAUUUCCAGUUCACACACCAACCUUAAAGAAAAAGGGAUGCCCUGGUUCAACUGGCUUUCCACCUAAGCGCAAGACUCAUCAGUUUUUUGUAAAGUCUUUUAGUGCUCCUACGAAAUGUCAUCAGUGUACCUCGUUGAUGGUGGGUUUGAUACGACAGGGCUGUUCCUGUGAAGUGUGUGGAUUCUCCUGUCAUAUAACUUGUGUAAACAAAGCUCCCACUGCUUGUCCAGUUCCUCCUGAGCAGACGAAGGGCCCCCUGGGUAUAGACCCACAGAAAGGGAUAGGAACAGCGUAUGAAGGCCAUGUCAGGAUUCCUAAGCCAGCUGGAGUGAAGAAAGGAUGGCAAAGAGCACUGGCUGUAGUUUGUGACUUCAAACUCUUUCUGUACGAUAUUGCUGAAGGAAAAGCAUCACAGCCCAGUGUUGUAGUCAGUCAAGUGAUUGACAUGAGGGAUGAAGAAUUUUCCGUGAGUGCAGUCUUGGCUUCUGAUGUUAUUCACGCAAGUCGAAAAGAUAUACCCUGUAUAUUUAGAGUCACGGCUUCCCAGUUCUCCACAUCUAAUAACAAGUGUUCAAUCCUGAUGCUAGUAGAUAGUGAGAAUGAGAAGAGUAAGUGGGUGGGAGUACUGAGUGAAUUGCACAAGAUUUUGAAGAAAAACAAAUUCAGAGACCGCUCAGUCUAUGUUCCCAAAGAGGCGUAUGACAGUACUCUACCCCUCAUUAAGACAACCCAGGCAGCUGCAAUCAUAGAUCAUGAAAGAAUAGCUUUGGGAAAUGAAGAAGGGUUAUUUGUUGUACAUGUCACCAAAGAUGAAAUUAUUAGAGUUGGUGACAAUAAGAAGAUUCAUCAGAUUGAACUCAUUCCAAAUGAUCAGCUUGUUGCUGUGAUCUCAGGACGAAAUCGUCACGUACGACUUUUUCCCAUGUCAGCUUUGGAUGGGCGAGAGACUGAUUUUUACAAACUAGCAGAAACUAAAGGGUGUCAAACCAUUACUUCUGGAAAGGUCCGCCAUGGAGCUCUUACAUGCCUGUGUGUGGCUAUGAAAAGACAGGUCUUCUGUUAUGAACUAUUUCAGAGCAAGACCCGUCACAGAAAAUUUAAGGAAAUUCAAGUCCCAUAUAAUGUCCAGUGGAUGGCAAUCUUCAGUGAACAACUCUGUGUGGGAUUCCAGUCAGGAUUUCUAAGAUACCCUUUGAAUGGAGAAGGAAGUCCAUUCAGUAUGCUCCAUUCAAAUGACCACACGCUAUCAUUUAUUGCCCAUCAACCAAUGGAUGCUAUCUGCGCAGUUGAGAUCUCCAGUAAAGAAUACCUGCUGUGUUUUAACAGCAUUGGAAUAUACACUGACUGCCAGGGCCGAAGAUCCAGACAACAGGAAUUGAUGUGGCCAGCAAAUCCUGCCUCUUGUUGUUACAAUGCACCGUAUCUCUCCGUAUAUAGUGAAAAUGCAGUUGAUAUCUUUGAUGUGAACUCCAUGGAAUGGAUCCAGACUCUCCCUCUAAAAAAGGUUCGACCCUUAAACAGUGAAGGAUCAUUAAAUCUUCUAGGGUUGGAGACAAUUAGAUUAAUAUAUUUCAAAAAUAAGAUGGCAGAAGGAGAUGAGCUGGUAGUUCCUGAAACAUCAGAUAAUAGUCGGAAACAAAUGGUUAGAAAUAUUAACAAUAAGCGGCGUUACUCCUUCAGAGUCCCAGAAGAGGAAAGGAUGCAACAGAGGAGAGAGAUGCUACGAGAUCCAGAAAUGAGAAACAAAUUAAUUUCUAACCCAACUAAUUUUAACCACAUAGCACACAUGGGUCCAGGAGAUGGAAUACAGAUUCUAAAAGACCUGCCCAUGCCAGGUUUCCCUUAUUCAUCCCCUCAUCAUCACUCCAGUCUGAUCUCCUCUCCGAUCAACUUUGAGCACAUCUAUCACAUGACUGUUAAUUCUGCCGAAAAAUUUCUCUCUCCUGAUUCCAUAAACCCUGAAUAUUCCCCGUCUCUACGCUCUGUCCCUGGUACACCAAGCUUUAUGACUCUGAGGAAUCCUCGGCCUCAGGAAAGUCGGGCCGUGUUCAGCGGCUCAGUCAGUAUUCCGUCUAUCACCAAGUCCCGCCCCGAGCCAGGGCGCUCCAUGAGCGCUAGCAGCGGCCUGUCAGCAAGGUCGUCUGCACAGAAUGGCAGUGCAUUGAAGAGGGAAUUCUCUGGAGGAAGCUACAACGCCAGGCGGCAGCCCAUGCCCUCCCCGUCGGAGGGCUCGCUGUCUUCUGGAGGCAUGGACCAAGGGAGCGAUGCCCCGGCGAGGGACUAUGACGGGGAGGACUCUGAUUCUCCGAGACACUCCACAGCUUCCAACAGCUCCAACCUGAGCAGUCCUCCCAGCCCAGUGUCACCCAGAAAGACCAAGAGCCUGUCUCUGGAGAGCACCGACCGUGGAAGCUGGGACCCGUGAGCGCCCGGCACUCAGAGCCCCAGGACGCAGAGCAGCUUCCCCUGCAGCUAGCUCCCCUCUACUCACCCCUCCUCAUUUUAAUCUCCCCCUUCACCUCUGCCUGGCAAUGACCAGGCUGGCAGCAACCGCAGGGUGGGCUCUUGGGAUUCUGGCCAUGUGACACGCAGCUGCAAGCCCUCCAGGUUUCACAACCCCAGCAACAAAGGCAGACUUCCAUUAGGCAGCUUCCAAGUAUCCCGAGUUCACGUCAUACUGUUGUAGUUGCUUUCAGUAAUAUUUCACCCCCUCCCCAAAAGGUAGCUUAACUAGACAGAUACACAAAUGUAAGUGAUAAGAAUAAGAUAGACAGGUUUUGUUUUCACAGUAGAGUCUCACUGUAGCACUGUGAUAGCACCGGGGAUUUCCCCGUCCACAGGGGAGCACGGCCCUGGAGGUCACUCGCUAAGCCUCCAUGCAGCACCACAAGUCCCAUCCACCUGACUGUCGCCAGUAAAUCCUGAUCAAUGCAACAGUGCAUAUUUUACUACAAUACAGAAUUUAAGUAAAUACACAGAUGUAGAAGUUAAAUACUGAAUGUAUAUAUUAAAAAGCAUCUUGUAUUCAACAGAAGACGGAUGCAUAUAUAAGAGAAAAAGAUGGUUUAAUUUAAAGCAA